AUGGAGCAGAACAUCGGCGUUGUGAGACAGCUGAGAACCGUUGCGCAAAGGGGCGAACGACAUGUUGACGACCAUGGCAACGGGCUCAGCGACAGCACGACACCGAUUGCUAAACUUCCCACAGAGCGACCGGAUUCCAAAGCGGCACAAAAGUCAGAAGUAGACGAAGGAGUAAAGCUCGCUGGACUUUUUGGUCGGCUGAUUUUCCUCAAAUACAUGCUCUAUUUCGGCGGUCCCAUGGCAGCCACUCUUAUUACGCUCAAUCUUGCCCUCCAAAUAGGUGCCGAAAAUAGCAUCACUCUUUGGAUGUCACAUUGGGUCGAUGAGGCGGCUCAAAACGGAUCCCUCACUAUCUUGGCAUGUACGUCGCCAUAA